AUGCCUAAAAUGUGGCUCGAGGACAUCAAGAAGAUCGGCGUAUCUGUGGAGCGGAAGCGAAGAGCACAACGCGUCACGACCCCCGUUCGAGUUGCGAUCCUGGACACGGGACUGAACAUGGAUCUACCCAUAUUCGACGAGAAACCAAGCCGUAUGAAUGCUGUCAAAGGCCAUGUAGACUACGUUGACCCCGGAGCGUCGACCAUAACGGACACUUUCGGCCACGGUACCUUGAUGGCGAGGAUCGUCAUGGAGUGCGCACCCGGCGCGGAGAUUUUUGUUGCGCGGGUCGCCAGAAACAGCAAAGAUCUUAGGGCCAGCCAAGAAAACAUUCGAAAGGCUAUCCACUGGGCAGGUCAAGCCUGUAAAGCCGACAUUAUAUUGACUUCGUUCGGCAUAUCCCGCAAAGACGAGGGCGGGAUCGGCGAGGCUAUCGAGACUAUCGAGAAAGAGCGCAAAGAGAACAUCAUUUUUCUCGCCAGCGCCGGAAAUUCGGAUACAGAUGACGAAAGCUUCUCGGCCUGCCAUGGCUCGGUCGUUGCCGUUUACGCAACCGACAAGCAUGGAGCACCCCUUUUGUCCAAUGCAGUAACUCCCUCGCGGGACACCUGGGUUUUGGGCACGUACGGCGACCCACCCGAUUCCCUCCUCGCCGAGUUCGAUAGCCCCUACCCGGGAAUCUGCAAGGCGGGCUCGUCUAUCGCCACGGCGGCCAUGGCGGGCGUUAGCGCAGUGAUGCUCGCAUACGCCAUGGUGCUCCCCUCACUGGUGAAGCUGCCGUGCAGCCAGGUGUUGGAACGGCUCUGGACUACCAAAGGGAUGGGGGCGCUUCUCUACCGGCUAGCGCCCGAGCCGAGAGCCUAUCCAUGA